UUUAUUUUUAGGGUUAAUUCAGGUGAAUUGUUGUGGUCGUCGGAAGAAGUGAAAAGGAGAGGAUAUGGGGAAGCAGCCGGUGAAGUUGAAGGCGGUGGUAUACGCGCUUUCGCCGUUCCAGCAGAAGAUAAUGACCGGACUCUGGAAGGAUCUCCCUGAGAAGAUCCACCACAAGGUCUCCGAGAAUUGGAUCAGCGCCACUCUCCUCGUCACCCCGGUCCUCGGAACCUACUGGUAUGCUCAGCAGUUCCAGGAACAGGAGAAACUCGAGCACAGGUUCUGAAACAUGAAGCCCAGUCCUCUACUACAACUAUUUGUCUUUGGUCCGAAGCCAUUUCCUGUAAUAGAAUCUUCCGAGUCAGUUGUUGUCUGAAAUUUCCAAUGAAAUGUUUUGGUUCAUGACAAUCACUGUUGAGUGUUGAUCUGCAUAUUCCUUGAUAUAAUAUGGACAACGUUUGCUACUUUGCUUCA